AUAGCGAUAGACGGACCUUAAUAUAGGAGCAGUGAAAGGUUUGCGUCGUAGGUGUGGAGAGAAUUGUCUUAUUAUUAAUAUUGCACGAGUGGAAUUAUAUAUAACCCCUUCUAUAUUACUAUACCCAACAGCAGUAAGGUUUUGGAGCCUACCUGGCCGCACUCACUUCCACGAUUGUGGAAUCCAUGGCUGUGCAGAACUGAUGCUGAUCUGCGUUAACCUAUGACGCCGAGAACUCCAUACAUGAAGAUAAAAAGUUAUCGGUUGAGGCCACGCCCGUCUAGCAGACAAUGAUAACGACGCAUAUGGGAAGGUAGUUCGUCCGAGAAAAUUUAACACCAAUAUCCGGGGUGUACAUCAAUUCCUAUUGAGAUACAAUACUGAUUGCUACCCGUAUUAAAAAGUCCACCAUGGGUUAUCUUGAGAACUGCUGCCAGAUUUGUGGCGUGUCGUUUGAUUUAGCACGAUGCCGUACAAGAUAUGAAGCUGCGGAAGCUGGUUGGGUUACUCAAAUAGAUUGUAUCGCUCUGGAUACUCUGGAGACACAUCCUCCUGUUUGGAAGCGGAUGAAGAACGUGGAUGCGAGGAUAUCACUGUGCACGGGGUAAAUAGUGUGCAUAUUGCUGGUUUAGGUUCCAUUUUUAAUGGAGGGUACAGCUGCCAUUGUAUUUCUGUGGAAGAACUGAAGGUAGGUACAAUCCAUCUUCCUACAUCAUUAAAAAGCCCAAGAAUGCUCCAGAAGAGAAAGAUGCGGCCGAUUAUGAAAAAUGUAGUGAUAUUUUUCAUUACAGACCAGACAACUAUAGCGUAGGAUCACUACGAGCCAGGAAUCUUCCAAGAGAUCAUUACGGCGCAGGAUCUUUCUUUUUCUGAACUACGAAAUCAAGAUGAGGAGAAAUAUUUCGGUGUACCUAUUCACGAUGCUUGCUGGAAAAUCUUCGAACGUGUAUCCAAGCUUCGACUGGGAAGGGUCGAUUUUCAAGGAUUUAUAGCCCUUUGGUAUGUAAGUGCUGGUUAUAAUGCUCGUUCGUCAAUGCUGGCUUAUGAUUCUUUUAGAGGUAAGCAUGUGGUUCUUGCGGUUUCCAAACUAUCAAGCAAGAGCCUAUUGCAAACGAAUGCAGACAACGAUCCUGGUCCCAUUUUCCUGGCACAGAAGUGAGUUCUCUCAUCGUUCGAUUUCUAUAGAGUGUCUUGGUCAUGAAUUGGUAGUACAUGGCGGCAAGCCCUCAUGAUAUUGUAGGUUUCCAUCGGAUGGCCUUGGAGACUUACUUACCAUUACGCACCACGCGAACGGCGAAAUGACCAAGUUAUCUACAUGGGAAACCAUGCAGGACACCGCCAAAGUCAGUAUAUGUAAACCCCACAGAUCCAUUCUCGAAACUUCCGUUCGAACUCAGGAACAUGAUUCUAUUCAAUCUUCAAGCACAAGAUAUCGGGAGCCUCCGUUAUGUAUCUUGUGGAUUUCGCCAACUAUCCCAACAAGUCUUUCGACAUCUAAUUCUCAAAGAACUUCCAUGGUUUUGGGAAAUCAAUGAAUUUCAAACACUGGAACUUGGAACAAACCCGAAAGCUGUAUGUUAUUCAGUUUGUAGAUGAUAUUUCGAGAUAAGAAGAAGGAAAUUGUUAUGAUGAGCACAAACAAUUUGUUAAAGAUUGUGUUGCGCUGAAACCACAAAGCCUCGAUUGGAAAGAAAUAUAUGAUCGAGUUAAAAUCUACGAAAGGCGGAUAUUGGGAGGGAGGAAUAGAGCGCGAGUUUGGAAAUUAGCCGAGGGAAUCACAAGAAAAAUUAGAAAGUUGAGAGAGUCAAGCAGCUCGCAAAAGAGAUACGAUCUUAGAUACGAGGAGGAUCAUCUUUUCGAUGGACUUACCAUAGAGUAAAUGAAAAGUGAUUAUCAUAAUAUAGAGUUUACUUGUCUCGGCUAUCAAACUUAUCAGAUUGAGAGGACAGCGGACGAUAAGGAGGUGGAAGAUCAGGACUGUUAGU